AUGGCAUCCGUACCCGCCGCGCCCGCGCCUUCCUCUCCUCCUCUCCUCAUCACCGUCCGCUUCUCCAGCUCCCUGCCGGACCUGACCACCGACGUGCCCUCGCCCUCUUCCACCACCGUCCUCGCCUUCCGCCACUCCCUACGCGCGCGUAUCGCCUCCCGCAGCCGCCUGCGCCUCAUCUACCAGGGCCGCAUCCUCCCCGACGCCGCCUCCCUCGCCAGCGUCCUCAAGCCCCUACCCGCUCCCCCUCCCGCCCCUGCCCCCGCUCCUCCUGCUCCGACUGACAAGGGCAAGGCGGUCGUGCGGCCGCCGCCGCCGGUCCGCGUCUACCUCAACUGCUCCAUCGGCGACGAGCUGACCACUGCGGAGCUCGACGCCGAGGAGGCUGCCGCCGCCGCCCCGCCGGGCGAAUCGGCUGCGGAGGCGGAGGAGGCGACGCGGAAGACGACGACGAAGCCGCGGCCGCGCGGCUUCGACCGUCUCUUGCAGGCGGGCUUCACGACGUCGGAGGUGGCGACGCUGCGCACGCAGCUCGCGUCUAUCCGCGCGGAGCGCUUCGCCCCCGACGAGGCGCCGCCGUCGCCGGACACGAUGCGGCGCUUGGAGGACGCCUGGAUCGACGGCAACGCCGGCGACCUGCCGCCGUCGAUCUCCUCCGGUGGCGGAGGUGGCGGGGGCCGCGGGCCGCUCGACGACGACGGCUCAGACAUGUCCACCGUCCUCGACGUGCUCAUCCGCGCCAUGAUGAUUGGCUUCUUCUUCCCGCUCGGCAGCAUGACAUGGCUCCUGCGCCAGGACGUCUGGGGAGAUAAGUGGCGCAUCUUUGUCGGCUCCGGCGUCGUCCUCAGCCUGACCGUCGGCAUCUUCAUGACCAUGGGCGGCGACCGGUAG